AUGUUUGAAGAUGAUCCGCCACCACUGCCUCCAGCUGCAUGUAUCGAAACCUCAUGCGAUGCUACCUUUGCUGAUUUAAGCGAUCGUAAUCGGUUUACUGCUGUUGCGGAUGAUGAUUACAAUGGGAAUGAUGCACAUAUGUCAGCCGUACUUCAGACUGAAAAAGAUUCGGAAUUUGUAAAUUGCGAGAUGGCAUUGCCUCAUACUGAGUUUAUAGAAACAGGCGAAACUGCAGAUCGCGCUCAUAAUCUUGUUACAGAAACUCUACUGCAUAGCAAUUAUGAUGGAAAGCAGAACCCUUUGUCUUCGUCUUUGCGAUUUCGAUCUCCUCAGUUUGCACGAUGUUCUAAACCUCAGCAUUUAUCGCCUGAUAUUUUAGGCUGCACUGAAGAGUCGGAUUUGGUAAAGAGCUUCGUUACGGCUGAUUUUGUUAAGGUGGAUGGAGCACACGAUAUUCCAGCUUUCGAAAAAGGGAGAGAGGAAUUAAUUCCAGCAGAAAAUAUGGAAAACGAGACAAAAGACAGUUCUAAGUUGGAGAAUAUCGGUUUGAAUGGUGGAAAUGAAAAAGUUAAAGUUAUGCAAAGUACUUUGGAAAGCGAUGAAGAUGAUGAUGAGUUUGGUGACUUCGAAAAAUUCGCUAAAACGGAGAAAACUGAGGAAAAUGAAAAUGAUAAUUGGGCAAAUUUCGAAUUUUCUUCAUUGCCUGAUAUGAAAAAUAAGUCGACUGCAGAUUUUUCGUUUUCAGAACCGGAAUUGCAGUUAACCACUGAAAAUCCAUUAUUGCCGUCUCUUCUGGAAAAUUUAUGCAAUGAUCAACUGUGGACAGUAAUUGCUGUGGAUGAAGAAAGCAAUGACGAGCCGCAUGAUACUCAUGACAGCGGCAUAUACGAAACGUUAAAUGAUGCAAUAAAUACAAAAGACAAAAACAGGCCUGAUGAAAUGCUAUGGAUAGCAGUAAGCAUUAUUGAGGAGGCGCUAGCGCUGAAAUUGCAGUGGCACAAUUCACUGAUCCGCAGUUGCUUUUUAUAUUCAUUGGAUAUUGAUGUGAAUCAAACUGUUAUUCGAAACUCAGAUCUUCCAGUAUUUGCACAGCAGCUUGAAGAAAGUUCAGUUCUUGCACCAGUGUCUGUGGUAGAAAGUUGCACUAGGGUUACAUUAGCAGAUGAAAAAAAUUCGCUUCCUCAAUCAAAUUCGGCUGAGUUCUUACCUCAUGCAGAUAUCAAAAGGUCUUCAAUCGGUCAGCAGGCACCUUCAAGAUCCAUUACUGUUGAUUCGUUGGCCGUCCCACCAGUGCACUUUGACUGGAAUAAUUCCGGUCUAACAAAUCCUCUUAAAGCAGGAUCAUUAAAUGUAUCGUCUGCAUCACUAGACUUGGAUUUUUUGGUAUCCACGAGUAAUAAAGGCUUACCUGCUAAUGAUUCGCCAACCGUACAGAUGUUCUCAACAUUGCAGAAGGAUCUUACUGCGUUUGGUCUAAAUUUCCCGGAUGAUGCUGGAAACAGCAAAAGUGAAAAAGAUAUUCCAAGCAAUACACAAAUUGUAUUGGAUUACGUACUAAACAAAAAUGGUGAUAAACGAAAAUAUAAGCCAGUGAGCGAACUUUCACUUGAUGCUCGGGCUCUUCAUGACCAGUUACCGGACCUCGAUUAUAUGCUAUCCAAUGUUUUACUUUUCCCUAUCGUUGAUCGCUAG